AUGAAAAAGAACAUAAUAGUGAAGGGUUUGAAAGUAGACAAUGGAAAGGCAGAGGAAGAGAUUAGGAAGGUGAUGAGAGACAUCGGCGCGCAAGUCAGAGUGGAAGGGAUAAGAGGUCUAAAGGGGAAUAAAAAGGGCAGAGAAUGUAUGUUAUUAGUGAACUUCGGGAGUGAGCUGGACAAAUAUGAAGUUAUGAAAAAAAAGAAGUUGUUGAAAGGAAGAAAUGAAAGAAUCGAAGAACAUCUGACGUGGCGGGAAAUAAAAAGAAAGUGGCCAAUCGAGCAAAAGGCAUGGACAGAGAGGAGUAAAGGGGGUCGGGAAGAGGAAGGAGUUGACACACUGCUAGAAAAACUUGAAGCUGCAAUAGAUAAAAUAAGGGAAGAGGUGAGACCGAGAGAAAAAGAAGAGGGGUUUAGGAGCGGCUGGUGGGACGAUGAAUGCAGGGAAAGUAAAGAUAGGAUGAAGGAGAGUAUAAGGAAAUGGAGGAAAGGGGAAAUGGAAAAACAAGAACUCAACAGGAGGAAGAGGGAGCACGAAAGAAUGAUAAAGGAGAAAAGACAGAAGGAGAUAGAUAGUGAUAUGGAAGAGGUAGAGAAGGCGGUAAAAGAAGGGAGGGAAUGGGAAGUGAUAAGUAGGGGGCAAGGGGGAAAGAAAGAUCAUGAUUGGUUCGUAGUUGCCUCCCAUAAACUUAUACCAACUGUCAACCCCAGAAUCAAUGUUGAAGAAAAUAAAUUUGGUGAAACGGAAGCAAUAACGUAA